GUUUUUAUUUAUUUCUUUGUGUCUACUAGAAGAAAAACACUGACAUCCUUGCAUUCGCGUAGCGAUGCGCAUCAGUAUUAGGACGUCCACGUAGUUUCCCCUCGAGUGUUCGAAGUUGCUGGAAUUUAAAGGGUGGAGAAUGAAGCGGCGCAAUGCGGACUGCAGCAAACUCCGUCGCCCGUUGAAACGGAACCGAAUCACCGAGGGUAUUCACAGCAGUACCUUCCUGUACCUGAAGUUCCUGGUCGUUUGGGCGCUGGUUCUGCUGGCUGAUUUUGUGUUGGAGUUCAGGUUCGAGUACUUGUGGCCUUUUUGGCUUUUCAUCAGGAGUGUUUAUGAUUCCUUUAGAUAUCAGGGACUGGCAUUCUCUGUGUUCUUUGUGUGUGUCGCAUUCACAUCAGACAUCAUCUGCCUCCUGUUCAUCCCUAAACAAUGGUUGUUCUUCGCUGCCAGCACUUAUGUCUGGGUACAGUACGUGUGGCAUACAGAGCGAGGUGUGUGUCUGCCGACUGUCUCUCUCUGGAUUCUUUUUGUCUACAUCGAAGCAGCCAUUCGAUUCAAGGACUUGAAACAUUUUCAUGUAGACCUUUGCCGUCCAUUCGCAGCUCACUGUAUUGGCUAUCCGGUGGUGACGCUAGGCUUCGGCUUCAAGAGUUACGUGAGCUACAAGAUGCGUCUGAGAAAGCAAAAGGAAGUGCAGAAGGAAAAUGAGUUUUACAUGCAGCUCCUACAGCAAGCUCUGCCUCCAGAACAGCAGAUGCUUCAAAGACAGGAACGAGAGACAGAGGAGGCCACCUCAAAAGGCAUGUCUGAAGCAGACUCUGUGUUAGUGGCUCAGAACGGCACUGCAAUCAACAAGAAACUGCCCAUCUCUCUGCCUGAACUGGAAUACAAAGAGAAGGGCAAAGAUAGUGCAAAAGACAAAAAGCAACAGCAGCACAGCAUAGGAAUAAACAACAACAUCCUACAGACUGUAGAUGCUAAACUACAAGACAUUGAGUACAUGGAGAACCACCUAAACGCUAAAAGACUCAACAACGAGCUCGGCGGCAGUGCCGAAAACCUGUUUCUGAAAGAGGAAGUGGGUGCCGGAGGAGGCUCUGCGCCCUCCAAACAUUACAAAAACUCCUCGCCACGCAGCCACAACUCAACCAAUGGCAGCGUACCAUCAUCUUCAUCCAACAGAAGCGAUAAAAAGCAGAAGUGCACAGGGAAAAACCUUGCGCCACAUCGAGAUUUGAUGGAGAACUGUAUACCUAAUAACCAGCUCAGUAAGCCUGAUGCAUUAGUUCGGCUUGAGCAGGAUAUUAAGAAGCUGAAGGCUGACCUGCAGGCGAGCAGACAGGUGGAGCAGGACCUGCGCAGUCAGAUCAGCUCUCUGAGCAGUGCUGAAAGGAGCAUGCGCUCUGAACUCGGCCAGCUUCGACAGGAAAAUGAGCUGCUGCAGAACAAACUCCAUAAUGCUGUGCAAGCCAAGCAGAAGGACAAGCAAACCAUUGUGCAGCUGGAGAAGCGGCUCAAGGCGGAACAGGAAGCUCGAGCCGCAGUGGAAAAGCAGCUUGCAGAAGAAAAGAAAAGAAAGAAGAUGGAAGAGGCCACAGCCGCACGUGCUGUCGCUCUGGCUGCUGCAUCCAGAGGAGAGUGCACAGACUCGCUGAAGAGUCGCAUACGUGAGCUGGAGUCCGAGUGCAAGAAGCUCACACACGACAUGAAGCUGAAGGAGGAACAGAUCAGAGAGCUCGAGCUCAAAGCACAAGAGUUGCACAAAUAUAAGGAGAAUGAAAAGGACACAGAGGUUCUGAUGUCAGCACUUUCAGCCAUGCAGGACAAGACCCAGCACUUGGAGAACAGCCUGAGUGCUGAAACCAGAAUCAAACUGGACCUCUUUUCAGCACUCGGAGAUGCCAAGAGACAGCUGGAGAUUGCUCAAGGUCAGAUUCUGCAGAAGGAGCAGGAGAUAAAAGAGCUGAAGCAGAAGAUCGCAGAGGUCAUGGCAGUCAUGCCAAGCAUCACCUACUCGGCGGAGACCAACAACAUGACCCCUGUGACCCCACAUUACUCCUCCAAGUUCAUGGACACCAGUCCUUCCAGCUUGGACCCCAAUGCCUCCGUCUACCAGCCGCUCAAGAAGUGAAUGUCCACACACAUCGUCCAGUUUGCUGUUUGAUUUGUACUAAAGUUCAGUAUGCAAACCAAUGGGAUGGGGUAGUAUUUUUGUUUGAUUUACCCCUCCUCUGUUAGUAUGACUCUUCUUUGUUGUGGAUGAUUAGAGAAGGAGAAUAAAAUAAGGGGGAAAAGGGAUGACGAUUUGACCAGAACUGCCCUUUUUGUCUUUAAGGUUAUUUUUGAAAAAAAAACAAGUUUUCGAUAACGGCACUUAAGCCACUUGUGGUUCUCUUGUCAUCCUACGUUCAUUUUGUGAGGUCUUUAUUAAGAUCUUUUAUUAGUACCUCCUCCAUCUUUGUGUUGAACAGUUUUAUGUGCCAGACAAUGGUGGCAUGACUUUCUUUUUUUACUUCCCUGGUGUAAACGUACCAUCUUUAAGUUUAUUGAAUGUAAAAAAAAAAAAAAAGAAAA